AGACUUCACGCUUCAAGGCACACUGUUUCAGAUCACACUUUUUAUUCAAUUUUAUUUUCCUUGUGUUGCUGUUAUCUUUUUUUAUUCCUCAUAAUCACACCCUUUUGCUCUUUUGCUUUUUCACCUUCAGUUUCUAUUGGAGAUCACGGGUUAGGAGCUGGCGUUGGUCCUACCAUCCAGAUUGGCGAGCAGACAGUCAUCACGGUUGAUGCCAAGGCUGCUGGCAAGGGCAAGGUGACCUGCACAGUGUGCACCCCUGAAGGCACAGAGGUGGACGUUGACGUGGUCGAGAACGCGGACGGAACCUUCGAUAUCUUCUACACCGCACCGCUGCCUGGCAAAUACGUCAUCUGUGUCCGCUUCGGAGGGGAGCACAUUCCAAACAGCCCCUUCCAGGUCACGGCGCUGGAAGGCCAGGAGCCAGCUCCACUCAUGCAACAGAGUCAGGUCCCUCGCUACGCCUUCCCUCCUGGCGCCAGACAGCCCUGGGCUACUGACCGACCAGUGGGGAUGAACGGGCUGGAUGUGGCCGGACUGCGGCCAUUCGACUUGGUCAUUCCGUUCACCAUCAAGAAGGGCGAGAUCACAGGUGAUGUGAGGAUGCCCUCUGGAAAGGUCGCCAAGCCUGACAUCACUGACAACAAGGACGGGACAGUGACAGUGAAGUUUGCUCCUACAGAGGCAGGGCUUCACGAGAUGGACAUCAAAUAUGAUGGCAUGCAUAUUCCAGGAAGUCCUCUUCAGUUCUAUGUGGACUAUGUUAACAGUGGUCAUGUGACUGCGUAUGGACCAGGCCUGAUUCACGGCACUGUGAACAAGCCUGCCGUAUUCACAGUCAACACCAAAGAUGCUGUGGAAGGUGGACUGUCCCUGGCUAUUGAAGGCCCCUCAAAGGCUGAUAUUGGGUGCACUGACAACCAGGACGGCACCUGCACAGUUUCCUAUCUACCAGUGCUGCCCGGAGACUAUAACAUCCUGGUCAAAUACAAUGACAAACACAUAGCCGGCAGCCCCUUUGUAUCCAAAAUCACAGGGGAUGAUUCCAUGAGGAUGUCCCAACUCAAGGUGGGCUCCACUGCAGAUAUCCCGCUGGACAUAGGAGAGUCUGACCUCAGUCAGCUGACUGCCAGUGUGACCACACCCUCCGGCCGCGAGGAGCCCUGCCUGCUCAAGAUGCUGAGGAACGGACAUGUUGGAAUCUCGUUUGUUCCCAAGGAGACUGGGGAGCACUUGGUCAGCAUCAAGAAGAACGGCCGCCACAUUCCCAGCAGCCCCAUCACCGUCAUGAUCAACCAAUCAGAGAUCGGAGAUGCCAGCCGCGUUCGGGUAUCCGGGCCGGGCCUGACCGAGGGGCAGACCUUUGAGCCAGCAGAGUUCAUCAUAGACACCCGCGAAGCAGGUUACGGUGGCCUGAGCUUGUCCAUCGAGGGUCCGAGCAAAGUGGACAUCAACACUGAGGACCUGGAGGACGGCACCUGUAAAGUGACCUAUUGCCCGACCGAGCCGGGCAAUUACAUCAUCAAUAUCAAGUUUGCUGACCAGCAUGUUCCAGGCAGUGCUUUCACAGUCAAGGUGACUGGUGAGGGUCGAAUGAAGGAAAGCAUCACACGACGUCGCAGGGCUGCUUCCGUGGCCAACGUGGGCAGCCUGUGUGACCUGAGCCUCAAAAUCCCAGAGAUCAACAUCGGUGAGAUGACGGCCCAGGUGACCAGCCCCUCUGGGAAGGUGCACGAUGCUGAGAUCAUGGAAGGAGAGAACAACACCUAUUGCAUCCGCUUUGUACCCACUGAGAUGGGCAUCCACACAGUCAGCGUCAAGUACCAGGGCCAGCACGUGCCAGGGAGUCCCUUCCAGUUCACUGUGGGCCCACUUGGAGAGGGGGGAGCUCACAAGGUGCGGGCAGGGGGCCCGGGGCUGGAGAGAGCAGAAGCCGGACUGCCAGCCGAGUUCAGUAUCUGGACCCGCGAGGCUGGGGCUGGUGGUCUGUCCAUCGCAGUCGAAGGACCCAGUAAAGCAGAGAUCUCCUUCGAGGAUCGCAAGGAUGGGUCCUCGGGGGUCUCGUACAUUGUCCAGGAGCCUGGUGAGUCUUGAACAGAUCAGCCACAAUGGGAA